AUGGUCAAAACAGUCACAUGCAAGCUGAUGGACAAAAAGAUGAACCUUGGAGGACCUUCGGAAACGGUCUGUGCGAAAUAUCAAGCCGGGUACACCCCAGAGUCCGGUGUCAUCAAGCCAUUAUCUUUAGGACAUAUCGAACUCUUAAAGAACUCUCAGGCUAAAUCCCUAAUAAAAAUCCCGGAACUUAUCACGUUUCCUUGCGCUCUGGGUAAUGAUGGAACUGCUCUAAAACCUGCAAUUGAAUUCGAUUCUCGGCUUAAAGAGAACGUUGGGCUAAAAAUACCCGUUGACAUCAAUUAUCUGAAAGCAAAUCCAUCACCUUCUCCCGACCGUCUGAAAGAGAAUAUUGUGACAGAGGCAAUUGUCUCGUCGUUAACCUCUUUAGAUAACUUCUGCUCUCUUCCUAUGGCAGUAGACUAUGUUACACAAAGUGGAAAAACUGGAGAGACUAUGACAAGCAUGUUUGAAGAGCACAUUAAAACUCUGCAAUUAUGCGAAUCAUGCCAGAAGCGAGCACCACAUCAGCGUCAUAUUAUUACUUCUCAAGCAAUCAACUGCUGUAGUUUUUGUGACGUUUGCUACCAAUCAAAGACGGUGUGUGAGGAAUGCAGUUUACAAGGACAAGUCAGUCAUGUUCCAUCCUUGCGAUUUUGUGACUCUUGCCAUGACAACAAUUCUGUUUGUGUUCGUCGGGUUGUGAUGAUCGUUUGUAGCGAUUGUGAAUCAGGCAACAAAACAGCCUUUGAAAUUAUAAAGGCCAAACUUGACGCAGGUAAUGAAGACCCUGAAUUGGCGUUUUUGUCUAUUUUGCCAGAUUGUCCACAUGUUGGAAAAAGUAUGAAAGCAGCCUUUUCCAAUUGGUGGCUGAAAUGUAGAAAUGAGCGAAUAAACCUGGCUGCGAUUAGAACAUUAAGAAAUCGUUCGGACAAAGCCACGAGAGAUAAAUUCAGAAAGCUCAUUCCGAAGAAUGACCACGUAAAGAAUAAAGAUCGACAAGACCCAUCCGCUGUGCUUACCUUGACCAACAAAAAAGUUUACUGAUGAGCUAAGAAAUGCUAGUUAUGUCUGCCACACAAUUAUACCCGAGUUAGACAAGUACUCAUCGGAUAAUCAACUUGGUAUGUAUCCAUCGCCUAUAAGUAUUGCUAUUCCUUCAUAUGGUUGGAUUGCCUUCUUGUCGUACGACGUGAAGAGUUCCAUGUCCACUCUGUUCAAGGCCCGCCUUCACAGCCCUGUCGACAAGAUCUCUCCUAUUGCUAGAAAUCUCAAGGCUAAAGAGAUUCAUUGCUCUGACGGGAUCAUCUUUCUUGUGUCACACAGUGGUCCUAUCAAAGCUAUAGAAUUCAUAGAAGGAUCGAUUUCCAUCAAGACCAUCACCUCCAAACUUAGGAAGAAAAAAGACGUCAUCGAACAGGCGGAGAAACUCCAU